AUGUUCUCACUGAUCUGUCAUUUCGCCUCAGCUGUUGUCGGUGCUCUGAUACCUGUUUUCUACUCAUAUAAAACCAUCAAGCGUCCAAGCCAGAAGAAGCUGUCGUACUGGUCGAAAUACUGGGCUGUGUUCGGAUCAUUUCUCGGUAUAGACGUUAUACUCAGCUCACUGUUUAUCCACUAUUUUAUACCUUUCUACGAAUUCGGCAAGCUGCUAUUCUUAAUAUGGGCUGUAUGUCCACAAACUGCUGGAGCUCAAUUUGUUUUCGACAAGGUUCUGGCACCAUUCAUUCAUCGUCAUGAAAAGAAAAUGGACGUUUACAUUGAGAACUUUAUCUCUAGAAUUGUUAAUCAGGGACCUGACAUGGCGAUUUCGGCUGGUACGGCACUCCUUACAGUGGCAAAGAAUCUUCGAGCACAAUCGUUGGCAGAAGGGGAUUCUCGUGGUCGCCUGUACCCGGCAGUUCAACAAUCAUCUGUGGUUAUAACGGAAAUCGUUGAAGAUGACAUAUCCUUGAAAAAUGCGCUGAGAGCAAUUCCAGAUGUCGUGGAAGUGAAAGAAGAGCCAGCCGACGACUAUGUUGAAGAAGUUUUAUAUGAUGCAGUGCAACAGAGGAAUGAGGCAGAACCUGCUUCUACUACAAAUGCGCCACUCCCAGUGAAAAGGGGCCGCGGUCGACGACCUGGAAGUGGCGCAACUACUCGUCAAAGGAAACCGCAAGUUAUCGAACAGUUUAUGGAAGUUCAAGAGGAAGAUGUGGUGGUAGAGGAAAAACCAAAGAGACUCCGUCGUAGGAGAUCUUUGACUAGGAAGAAGCUAGUCAUCGUAGAAGAUCAUGAAUCUGGCAGUGACGCCUAG